UGAUUGUGAAUAGAUUAAUAAUUAUGAAUUUUAAUAAAUUACGUCAGUGUUAUAAACCUAUAUUUUUUAAAUUGUUAUUUCAUAAUAUGUUUAUUAAACCAGAAAAAAAUAUUUAUAAUAAAUUGUUAAAAAUCUCUUCAUAUAGGAUAUUUCCUUACGGUAAUUUACAAAAAAAAAGAAGUAUUUGCGAAGUCAUUUAUUUAACAAUUUAUAAAAAAUAUGAAAGUUCAAGCUAUCUCACAAUUUUCAACUUCACUUCUUAACAAUAAAAUCAUGUCUGAAGAAUCAUAUGAUGUUGGUUAUAGUGAUAUUUUAAGAGCUCAAAGAGACCGUGAUAUUUUAAUUAUUGAUGUUAGAGAAAAAGAAGAAAUUGGUGAAACUGGAAAAAUACCUGGAAGUAUUAAUAUACCAAUGUCUGAUGUUGAAAAUACAUUGAUAAACUUUUCGAAUAAAGAAUUUAAAAAUAAGUUUAACAAAGAGAAACCUUCCAAAAAUACAAAAAUCAUAUUUUGCUGUAGAGCUGGAAGAAGAAGUGGUAUAAUUCAGAAACAAAUGCAAAAACUUGGAUAUAAAAAUACCUAUAAUUAUAUCGGAGGAUGGCGGGAUUGGGAAAGAAGAAGUAAAAAAUAAAAGCAAAUUAAAAAAUAA